AUGGAACUAAAAACCACAGCCAGGAAUCGGAUACUCAAGAGAUAUUCAGAUACAAGCGAAUCAAUCCUCUCCGCACGUACAAACCCUUAUCUAUGGCCGACAGCCAUUUGCUCCCAUCGAAGAUUCUAGACUUACCAAAAAAGAAAAAAACAAUCGAAAAUUCUAGAUCCUCUCGCUAGCAGAACAUGUAUAUACAGCUACCCUAGGGAUCUUAAUUCUUUCACAUUCAUCACCACUAAUUCUCUAUUCUCUAAAGCUUCUUGAGACUCCCCAAUUUUCGUAUAAACUAUGGCCGGAAAAGGAGAGGGUCCCGCCAUUGGAAUCGAUCUCGGCACGACCUACUCAUGCGUCGGAGUGUGGCAGCACGAUCGCGUGGAGAUAAUUGCCAACGACCAGGGGAACAGGACGACGCCUUCUUAUGUCGCUUUCACCGACUCCGAGCGACUGAUCGGAGACGCCGCCAAGAACCAGGUCGCCAUGAACCCAAUCAACACCGUCUUCGAUGCCAAGCGUCUGAUUGGUAGGAGACACAGUGAUGCCUCUGUUCAGAGUGACAUCAAGCUCUGGCCAUUCAAGGUCAUUGCUGGUCCUGGUGACAAGCCCAUGAUUGUGGUCAACUACAAGGGCGAGGAGAAGCAGUUUUCUGCUGAGGAAAUAUCAUCUAUGGUCCUGAUAAAGAUGCGUGAGAUUGCUGAGGCAUUCCUUGGUUCGACAGUGAAGAAUGCUGUUGUGACUGUCCCAGCUUACUUUAACGACUCUCAGCGACAGGCUACUAAGGAUGCUGGUGUCAUUGCUGGCCUUAAUGUCAUGCGUAUUAUUAAUGAACCGACUGCAGCAGCCAUUGCUUAUGGUCUUGACAAGAAGGCAACCAGCGUUGGUGAGAAGAAUGUUUUGAUUUUUGAUCUUGGCGGUGGUACUUUUGAUGUAUCACUGCUCACCAUUGAGGAGGGUAUCUUCGAAGUAAAGGCCACAGCUGGUGACACUCAUCUUGGAGGAGAGGACUUCGAUAAUAGAAUGGUGAACCACUUUGUUCAGGAAUUUAAGAGGAAGAAUAAGAAGGAUAUUAGUGGUAACCCCAGAGCGCUUAGAAGAUUGAGGACAGCAUGUGAGAGGGCAAAGAGGACACUAUCAUCCACUGCGCAGACCACCAUUGAGAUUGACUCAUUGUACGAGGGUAUUGACUUCUAUUCAACCAUUACCCGUGCUCGAUUCGAGGAGCUCAAUAUGGAUCUAUUUAGGAAGUGUAUGGAGCCUGUGGAGAAGUGUUUAAGGGAUGCGAAGAUGGACAAGAGCACCGUCCAUGACAUUGUUCUUGUCGGAGGUUCUACUAGGAUUCCCAAAGUGCAGCAGCUGUUGCAGGACUUCUUCAAUGGAAAGGAGCUUUGCAAGAGCAUUAACCCAGAUGAAGCAGUCGCCUAUGGUGCUGCUGUUCAGGCUGCGAUCUUGACUGGCGAGGGUAAUGAGAAGGUUCAGGAUCUGUUACUAUUGGAUGUCACCCCUUUAUCCCUUGGUUUGGAAACUGCUGGAGGUGUGAUGACUGUGUUGAUUCCAAGAAAUACCACCAUCCCCACCAAGAAGGAGCAGGUGUUCUCCACCUACUCGGACAAUCAACCAGGUGUCUUGAUCCAGGUUUAUGAGGGUGAGAGAACAAGGACCAGGGACAACAAUUUGCUUGGCAAGUUUGAGCUUUCUGGCAUUCCUCCUGCUCCCAGAGGUGUUCCUCAGAUCAAUGUCUGCUUUGAUAUUGAUGCCAAUGGUAUCUUGAAUGUUUCUGCCGAGGACAAGACCACCGGCCAGAAGAACAAGAUCACUAUCACCAACGACAAGGGAAGACUGUCAAAGGAAGAAAUUGAGAAGAUGGUUCAGGAGGCUGAGAAGUACAAGGCGGAGGACGAGGAGCUCAAGAAGAAAAUCGAGGCGAAGAAUGCUUUGGAGAACUAUGCAUACAACAUGAAGAACACUAUUAAGGAUGACAAGAUCAGUUCCAAGCUAGCCCCAGCUGACAAGAAGAAGGUUGAGGAUGCAAUUGAACAAGCCAUCGAAUGGCUAGAUGGCAACCAGCUUGCAGAGGCAGAUGAGUUCGAGGACAAGAUGAAGGAGCUCGAAAGUAUCUGUAACCCCAUCAUAGCCAAGAUGUAUCAGGGUGCUGGGCCUGACAUGAGUGGUGGUGACAUGGACGAGGAUGGCCCUCCUGCUGGAAGCAGUGGUGGUGCUGGUCCUAAGAUUGAGGAGGUUGACUAAGAGCCUUAAUCUGCUUUUUUAUUUUUAUAAUGCCGGUAUGGGGUUCUGUUUAGGAGGUUUUCAAGUACUUUAAUAUCGUAGUUAAGCUCUCAAUUUUAAUUUCAGUGGACUUUGUAUAUCCGUAUUUUACAAUUGGGAAAUGCUGUUUGUCCCGAGACUUUUCUCCCGACACAAUUUUUUUAUUUAUUUAGUGAUUAAAAAAGUAUUUUUUUUUAA